AUGCCUCAACAGGUCGAGCCUUAUAACCUCCCUCCUGCGCCAUUUAAUGGCUCUGACGCCGUGUUUCGUAAUAGCUCACUCCGCCAAACUAUCCAGGUAGGUCUGGCUGCCGACGAGAUUCGACUCCGCCUGUCGAAUGCAUUUGGCAAUAAUGAUCUGAAUAUCACUCGCGUCGCCGUGAGCCUGCCGGUCAAGAAUGAGGCGGGGGCGAGUGCUAUUGAAGUCGGAUCCAGCAAGAAGGUGCUUUUCAGUGGAAGCCCGAGUAUUUCCAUUCCAGAAGGUGGCCUGGCGGUAUCAGACCCCAUUGAACUCCCCCUCGAAUUCCGGUCGGUAGUGACGAUUGACCUCUACCUGGAGCAGGGGCAGGGUGGUUCUGCUAUCACGGGUCACCCGGGGAGCAGAACCACGUCUUUCAUGGCACUGGGUGAUACUCUUGAUCAACAUAACUGGACUAGCUCAUCAGUGGCAAGCACCGAGCAUUGGUAUUUCAUCAGUGCUAUCGAGGGACGAUUGGACACGUCAUCGAGCUCUUUUGCCAUUGUUGGCGAUAGCAUCACUGACGGCCGGGGAAGCACUACCAACGCGAAUAACCGCUGGCCGGAUCUCCUACAAAGGAGAAUGCGGCAACACGACGCAACAGCGAACAUUGCGAUUCUCAACGAGGCGGCAGGCGGGAACCGUAUCCUGCAUGACAGCCUUGGCCCUAACGCUGUCAGUCGGGUCGAUCGAGACGUGCUAGCACAGCCCGGUGUUCAAUACGCCAUGAUAUUCGAGGGGGUGAAUGAUAUCGGGGUUGCUGGUCCAAAUGAGCAGUCUCAGAAGGAGAUCGGCGACCAACUCCUCGUCGCCUAUCAACAGAUCGCUACGCGAGUGCAAGCUGCCGGGAUUCCUUUCUUCGGGGCAACUAUCACCCCAUUCGGCACAUCCCCCGACUCCAACUAUACUCAGCCGUAUUCGAAUGUAGAGCGAGAGAAGACUCGUCAGCGAGUCAAUACGUUCAUCCGACACAGUGGAGUUUUCGAUGCUGUGCUCGAUUUUGAUCGUGUGGUGCGAGAUCCUCAGGCCCCUUCCCAACUACUCAGCCAGUUUGAUUCCGGGGACCAUCUCCAUCUCAAUGCGGCCGGAUGUCAGGCGAUUGCGAACGAUUUUCCGCUUGGUAUUUUCGUAUAA